AUGUCCCACACUCAGCAAUGGUGGAAGGAGGGUGUUGUUUACCAGGCAAGUCGGAAGUCUCUCCCUCAUUCCCGGCUCCGUUGAGGCCGAGUCGUGGAACGUCGCCCCCACUUCGGCGCGAGGGUCGCCCGCUUUGUUCGCUCGUCCGCACCUUGCGCCCACGACGCUGCGACGGAUGGGCUAUCAGGGUCCUCUGGAGGGAAGGAGACCGCCACGAGCUCGUUGUCCGAGAUACCAGACGACCAUUUGCACUGACAGCUGACAACCUCCCCUGCGCGGCUGUUCUCUCGCCUGCGCCCACGCGCAGAUCUACCCGCGCUCGUACGCGGAUUCCAAAGGUCAAGGCGAGGGCGACAUCCCCGGUAUCAUCUCCAAACUCGACUACCUCAAACAACUCGGCGUCGACGUCGUGUGGAUCAGUCCCUUCUUCAAGUCGUGAGUCCGCACCGGUCGUGCACUGUCCCCCCACCUCGUCACCUCGUCGCGCUGGAGGGCUGUCACCUCGUCAUCAUCCCUCCUCUCACGCGCGUCGAUGACGGAAUAGGGUCCGGAAAGAUGUACCUCAGCGCUGAACGCGUCAUUUUCUUAGACCCCAAUUCGACAACGGCUACGACAUCCAAGUGAGUGACCCCUCUUUGAUUCUGCCGGGUCGGACGAUCGCACGAGAUCGCGAAUGACGUCAAAGCAUCCUCCUUUCCCAUUACUGACUCGUACUCCUAUCGCACUAUUCCCACGCUAACAGGACUAUCAAAAUGUACACGAGCCGUAUGGAAAGGUGUCUGAUGUCGAAGACCUCAUUGCGGGCUGCCACAAGCGAGGCAUGAAAGUGUCGGUCGCAUCCGCUCAGAGUUUUGUCCCAUUCUUCGCAAGUUGGAACUGACGUUCAUCUCCCCAGUCUGUUCGAUCUGGUCAUCAACCACACUUCGAGCUGGCACGAAUGGUUCAAGGAGUCCCGUUCGAGCAAGGACAACCCCAAGCGCGACUGGUACAUCUGGCGUCCGCCAACAUAUGACGAGAACGGCGUGCGUCAUCCGCCUUGCAAUUGGAGGGGAUGCUUUGGCGGGUCGGUGUGGGAAUGGGAUGAACUGACUCAGGAGGUGGGUCGGAUCGGCUCAACAGUCCACUUUGACCACCUGUGCUGAUAUGGGCUUCUUGCUGGGUCGCAGUACUACCUCCACUACUUUGUGCCCGAGCAACCCGACCUCAACUGGGAGAACCCCGUCAUGCGCAAGGAGCUCUACAACAACGCCAUCAAGUUCUGGCUCGACAAGGGCUGCGACGGUUUUCGCAUCGACGUCGCCAACAUGGUACGAGUCAACGGAAGCAUGACACCAAGUGAUAAUCUCACUAACUUUGGUUUUAUGGGAACUUUGCGCAGUAUUCCAAAUUCAUCGAUUUCCCCGACGCGCCCAUUACCGACGCUUCUACGCCCUGGCAACCUGCUGGUCAAUUCAUGUGCAACGGUCCUCGACUGCACGAGUUUCUCAAGGAAAUUCACUCCCAGGUCUUUGUCCACUACGAGUGAGUUGAGAACUUACCUUGCAGCACUUGAUCAGCUUGGAAGCUGACUCUUUGCGCGCUGCCAUUUGCCAGCUGCACCCAAAUCGGCGAAAUGCCCAACACCCCGGACAUCAAAGAAGUGCUCAAGUUCGUCGCGGCCGAAGCCAAAGAGUUCCACAUGGUCAUCCAAUUCGAUCUGGCCGAUCUCGAUCGUCGCAAGGGUAAAUUCCACCUCAUGCACCAAGAAUGGCCCUUGACCAACUUUAAAAAGAUCACGGCCAAUUAUCAACAAUUGACCGAAGCGAAAUACGACGCCUGGGCCGUCACCUACCUUGAGAACCAUGAUCAGGCGAGGAGUGUACCGAGGUAUGCGUCCGACAAGCCGGAGCAUCGUGUUGCCUCGGCAAAGAUGUUGGCAACGUAUUUGCUUACCGUUUCGGGAACGCCGAUCAUUUACCAAGGACGUGAGUUCAGGGCGAGCGAUAAGAAGUACAGACGGAUCUUGGUCACUGACGGCAACUCUUUUAUUGUUUUUGUCGGAGCUCGCAGAGGAGAUUGGGAUGAUCAACUGCCCCAAGUCAUGGCCCAUGUCCGAAUACAAGGACGUGCAAACGAUCAACCAAUGGGCCGAGAUGCAACAAGUCGCCGCGGACACUCACGACCCCAAGCUGCUCGAAGAAGGCCAAUUCGGUAUCCAAAUGACCUCCCGCGACCACGCUCGAACGCCGAUGCAAUGGAGUGCGGAGGAACAAGCUGGGUUCUCCACCGCGGACGAAACUUGGAUGAGGGUGAUGGAUUCCUACAAGGAGAUCAACGUCGCCGAUCAACAAGGUGAUCCGAAAUCGACGCUCGAGUAUUAUCGCAAGUUGAUUGCGUUCAGGAAGGAGAACAAGAACUUGUUCCCUUAUGGUCAUUUCGAGAUGCUCGAUAAGGAGAAUGAGAAAACGAUCGUGUACCUCAAGCGUGCGGACGAUGGAAAGGUCGCGUUGGUGGCGCUGAACUUUACGGCCGAGCAACAAAAGUUCGAGUUCCCUUCGGACGUCAAGGGGGAGUUUGAACUCGUCGAGUCGCUCAAGUUUGGCGAGGGCAAGAGGGGCGUGUUGGGCGCUUACGAGGCGCAAAUUUAUAUCAGCAAGUAG